UUUCCGUUUCCGGUUUUCCUGCGAGUUCUUGAAGAUAAAAUAGGAACUUAUUCAGGAUGACUAUUGCCGGAAACUAUCGAUCGAGAUGCUUCUUUGAUGUUGACAUUGGAGGACAAUCUGCUGGACGAAUAGUGUUUGAGCUUUUCUCUGAUGUGUGCCCUAAAACAUGCGAGAACUUUAGGGCUCUUUGCACAGGAGAAAAGGGGAAUGGAGUGUCGGGGAAAGCCCUCCACUACCGAGGAUCACCCUUCCACCGAGUUGUGAAGGACUUCAUGGUGCAGGGAGGUGACUUCACAAAAGGUGAUGGAACGGGUGGUGAAUCAAUAUAUGGAGGGGGUUUUCCUGAUGAAAACUUCAUUCUCAAACAUGAAUCAGAGUUUCUUCUGUCAAUGGCUAACCGUGGUAAGGAUACAAAUGGGUCGCAGUUUUUCAUAACCACAAAAGUAUCGCCACACUUAGAUGGAGUGCAUGUUGUGUUUGGUCGUGUGAUCGCUGGGCAGGAUGUCGUGCGGAGGAUGGAGAAUGUGGCCACCGACUCAAACAGUUGUCCUGUUGAAACGCUGCAAAUAGGAAACUGUGGAGAACUCGUCCUGCAACUCAGAACUAAAGUAAUAAAGAAAAAAAAGAAAGUCUCAAAAUCGUCCUCUGAGUCCAAGUCAGAAGAAAGUUCUUCGGAAUCAUCGUCAAAUUCAGAAUCGGAAUCGGAAUCAAGCAGCGAAGAGGAAGUGAAGCGGAAGAGAAAGAAGAAACAGAAGAAGAAAAGAGACCACAAACGAAAGAAGAAGGAAAACGACGACAGCCACGAAGAAGGAGAGAUCGAGGACAAAGACAAAGAUGUUGUACCCACCGUGUUUGCCACGAUCCGGCCAGAUGAAAUCCCCGACGUGCCCUUCCAGAGGUUUCUCUAUCGGGGCCAGAAAGAGGAGGAAGACGCUCAGAAAGCAGAACGGGAAUUACCUCCCAUAGGCCGUGGUCCUAGGCAUUCUGUCGAGCGAGUUCCGUAUCGAUUCCAGCCAAACUACAACACAAGACGCAGAGUGAAAGGAAGGGGAAGUGUUAGAUACCAUUCUCAUAGUCGGUCUCGCAGUGAAACUCCGCCCCACUGGAAGAGAGAGCUGUCCCGGUUGAAACCACUGGAGAAGGUUCAAGAGAUGGAAGACCGGUGGUUGAAGGGAGACAAGAUGGAGUCGAACCAAGCAGAAAACGGGAAAAAUGGGAAAACCAACAACCGAGGACCGGUCAGGAACCGACUGGGAAAACGUCAGGAGAUGGAUGACGCCAAAGAAUUACGGAAUGAUGAAAAGAAGUCCAGACAUAAGAAGCAUUCUAAGGACAAAAAGCACAGAAAGCAUAAGAAGCACCACAAAAGCAAAUCUGGGCAGGGCGACGAAGUGGACGAGGACCAUGAUGAAAAGGACAGGAAGAGUGAAAAGAAGAAAAAGAAGAAGAAGAAACAACACCGUAGGAAGGCAGACAAAAUGAUAACGGAGACAGACUCGGACAGCGACAGCGACAGCAGUUCACAGUCUGAGGUCGACACCCAUUUCGGUAGACCGGCCACGCAGAGUGGUAACACUGUCAAAUCUAAGAAGGAGGCGGCGGAAAGGCUCAUGAAAGGCUACGGACCGGAACGGAUGUCGGAGAGAGGAGAUUUCGAUCCGAGAGAAUUCUUUGAGAAAGAUACAACCAGAGCUGAGACCGAGGAGGUUUUCAGGUUUGGGUCGAACACUCGCAGCUUCCCUGGAGUGGCUGCCUACAGGAGAGAGGCUGAUCCACCGGGUAGGGGGGGUGAUGGAAGAAGAGCAGAGCGAUCCCCAUCUCCAGAUCCUGGGUCUACGUUCAGGAGGUCACCAAACAGAUCUAGGGGUCAGAGGGGCAGCAGGAUGUCGCCCAUCAGGGGACAACGAGAAUCUGGGUCACCAGAUAGGUUGAGAGGCCUGAGGUCAAAUAGCAUGUCACCACUAAGGGCUGGACCUGAGUCUAGGUCACCGGAUAGGGGUAGAAAUCAGAGGUCAAAGAGGAUGUCACCAGUGAGAUCAAGACGAGAAUCUAGGUCACCAGAAAGGUUGAGAAAUCGGAGGCCAAAAAGAAUGUCACCAACAAGGGCCAGAUCUGAGUCGAGGUCACCAGAGAGGAUUAGAAAAAGGAUUUCUCCAGUGCGGGCCAGACGAGAAUCUAGGUCACCAGAAAGGUUGAGAAAUCAGAGAGGUGGUAGGAUGUCCCCAGUUAGGUCUAAACAAGAAUCGCUGACUAAAUCUAGAAAUGUCCGUGGUUACAGACCAUCAUCACCUGAGUUGCCCAGGCGACGGAGGGGAAGUUCCAGUUCCAAAGAGAGGAGUCCAAUCAGGUCGCAAGACCGAAACAACUUUCCUAAAACAUCUCGGGUCAGAUCUGAAUCUAAAUCUCCAGUGAGAAGAUCUAGACCGCGAUCCAAACACCUCUCUCCAUCAAGACCACAUGACCGGAGGUCAAGGUCAUAUUCACCACGCCGCGGCAACAGGUCAAUUUCUCGCGAGAGAGUCAGCACGAAAAACUUGAAACGGCUGGACAGGCUUCCACAACAUGGAGGCAAGAAAUCGUCACGAUCACGGUCAAGGUCGUCUGAGAGAGUGAGAGGUCAGAAGAGUGCUCUUCCUGUAAGAUCACGCAGGCACAGAUCCUCUGGCUCGAGUUCUUCUUCAGAUUCUGACGAGAGACGUAAAAAGGAUGACAGAAUACCUUCAGCAAGACCAGCUAGACCUCGAGCGCCAUCUGCUUCCAGUUCCUCGGACUCCAGUGCAAGACAUAGAAAAGUGAACAAGGCACCAGGGACACGGUUGCACACACAUCAAUCCCAGUCACCUUCGAGUUCAGAUUCGGAUUCCAAAGCCAGACGUCCGAAAAAUGACAAAGUGCUUGCUGCUCGAUCGCAGAAGGGUGGGUCACGGUCGAGUUCAGGGUCUUCUGAUUCCAGCAGGAGACGUCGCCUGGCUGGCAAGACACAACCUGUACCAUCUGGUCGUCAUCGCCGGUCCGGUUCCGGAUCUGGUCGUCAUCACCGGUCAGGUUCCAGAUCAAGUUCUUCUGAUUCCGCUGCCAGAGGUCGUAAGGAUGUUGGGCAUCCAAGAAGAGUCAUGCCAAAACCAGUGAUUCGACGGUUAUCCGAGAGUCCUCCACCAUCCCACUGGACACCUGGACAGAAAUCAAAUACCAAAGUUCAGAAAGAACCAGCCAUUGCUUCCAACAGACCAGAGAAACUAUCUUCACCAACAGCGCCACUGGCAAGUGUAGCAAGCACUGACCUCCAGUCUUCUACUGCUACCAACAUGCAGUGUGUUAAACUGGUUAACAGCACGAGUAAAAUCCAGUACGAUCUAGCCAGAGCAUCGGAAAUCCCUGUGGCAGCCGAUCCCGUCAAGUUACCAGAGGCAGUUGCCGUGACAACACGAAACAAGACGACCUCGGGGUCAUCAGCUUCGUCAAGGUCACGGUCGAAAUCGGCAUCACGGCCGAGGUCACGUUCUCAUUCAAGGUCAUCAUCUGGUUCACGGUCAAGGUCAAGGACAGGUUCACGGUCGAAAGGCAGAUAUGCAUCCUCCAGUUCAGAUUCCGAGUACAAGAAGACGAAAGAGAAAACAAAAGUAGAAGAAAAAAUCAAAUGGCAGCCACCCCCAGAACCUGAAGAAGAUGAAACACCAAGACAUAAUGAAAACAGGAAUGGUCACGUGCAUAAUGACACAGGUUCUUCAAGAUUAAAUAUUCGGACACCGCCAUUGCCGCCACUGGAUCAAGUUGCUAUGGCAACAUGUGAACUUGCAAAGAAAGUAGGCAGGCAGAUUAAGCCGAUUCCCGAAAAGAAGGUUUCAUCUCCGAAAAAACAAGUGAAAUCCCGAUCUCCAUCACCCAGUGACGACGUGAGACAUGGGGCGACAAGUCCACGCAUGCACAAGACACAGGCGGCACCCAGGCUGGAGAGAGCGGACAUACCGGCGAAACACUCAGCCAAAUAUCUCGACAUUGAACUGCCACCGGAGAAGGAACCGGAGGUCAUGCGGAGUCGAUCGGGGUCGUCGUCCUCUUCUAGUUCUCGAUCAUCGUCAGCUGGUGAAGUGAGAGCUAGAGGGAGAAGUUCAUCCUCGUCCUCUGAAUCAUCUCCGUCCAGCUCCUCGCAGUAUUCUCCAGAGAGGAAGAAAAGAAGUCCUUCACGGUCUAGGAGUGGGGACAGGAAACAACUCGACUCCCACGCUGAUGCAAAGAGAGUUCCAACAACGAGAGAUCAGCGCAUCAGUCCCAACAGAUCCAGAUCCGGUUCGCGUUUAUCACCCAAAACGAGAACGUCACCUCAAAGGCGGGUGGUGUCUUCUGUAGAGAAAGGGAGAUUACCUGAAUUGUCACCACCGAGGCCGCCCAAAUGGUCUCCUGUAAGGUCAAGGUCACCAAGGAGGUCUCCAGUAAGGUCAAGAUUACCAAGGAGGUCUCCGGUAAGGUCACGGUCACCAAGGCGGUCUCCAGCAAUGUCGCGGUUGCCAAGACGCCGAUCACCAAUACCACGACGACGGACGCCAUCACCCAGACGAAGAUCUCCCUUGCGGCGCCGUUCGCCACUGUCACCACGCCGACUGUCGCCACGCCGAUCAUCCCUGCAUCGGAGAUCGAGAUCUAGGUCGAGAAGACGUCGCAUGUCGGUGUCUCCACCAAAAAGACGGUCAAAAUCGCCACGGAAAUGGUCGCCACAGCGAUUAUCCCGUCGAAGAUCGUUAUCAAGGAGCCGAUCCAGAAACCGGUACUCACGAAAGUCUCCAAAGCGUGACCGAGGCAGACGUGGAAGAAGUCACAGUCGGUCACGGUCAAGGUCAGGUCGUCACUACAGCAGUAGUAGUCGGAGUCGCAGUAGAAGCAGGGGACAUCGUCGUGCACGAUCCACGUCAUCGAGUUCUUGACAUUUGUGAAUGUUUUAAAAAUUGUGGUCUUAGUUGAAAAAAUAUUUUUUAAAUAAUGGUACAAGUUGAAGCAUAUUUUUAAAAAUAAUACUUUGAGAUGAAACAUUUAAAAAGAAUGGUCUGAGCUGAAAAAUAUUUUAAAAAGUAAUGUUGAUACUUGAAUGAUGUGUGAAGUCCACUCACAUUUCGAUAGCUGACAAUCAAAACUAGCUUUGUUUAAAGUCAUGGUUUACAGAAAAACAAGUUUUAAUUCUUAAGAAUUUCAGAAACUCCAAAAUGUGUGCACUUUUAUUACCAUAUAAUGUUUCAUCACUCCUAUUACAUUGUAUGUCCUAUCCGCAACCCCAGUAAAAAUUACAAAACCACAUUUUAAGAAAAUUGUGAAAUAAUGGAUGAUUCAUGUAACAUGUUCUGGUUGUAGGCCCUCGGUUUGAACCUACAAGUAUAACAGAUGGAGAAUCACCAAAAAGUUUUGUCCUGGUAUGGAAGUAGUGAAUUUUAUGGAUAAAAAAUGAAAAUGGGGUAAAAAAUAGCAAAUCUUUAUGCUAUUAAAAAUAGAAAUCUUUAUCCCAUAAACUUAUUGCAGCAAAACAAAAUAUAUAAAUGUAAGUAUAGAAAAUGGGUAGUGGCAACAAUAAUAAUAAUAAAAAAUCACAACCUUCUGCCUGCUAAUGAAUCAACUGUGAACAAAUAGCAUUUGAAUUUGUCUGUUACCAUACAAAAUGCUUGAUUUUGAAAACAAAUGAAGAGUUUAGACGCCAAAUGCGAUAUAUAAAUUUUUUUCAUUUUCAGUAAAAGUGAUUUUUUUAAUUGGCGUAUAUCGCGUUUUGAUUUUUUUUAAAUGGGAUUUACCCAAUACAAUUUCAUAAGGAUCAAUCACGUUUUGCGGCAAAUCAGCGGGCCUACGAUUAGCCCUUACUGUCAUACAAUAAUGGGUUUAACUAAAAACAAGAAAGAAAAUGGUUUAUAUCGCGUUUUGUGCCUGAACUCUUCUAAUAGUCUUGUGAAAAGUACUUUUUAAGUGCAAAUUCCCACUGAUAAAUAUUUAUAUUUCGUUGUCUCAACUUUACGGUCUCAUAAUUCUGAAAUAUGUCAGCUGGUAUUGUGAACAGUUUUUACGUAAGAGGCACCAGUUUACCACAAACGUUGGAAAUUGUUGGAUACCAUUUUAAAUACUACCUAAAAUACUGAGGUCAAGUGUUACCAACUGCUAUAAAGGAACUCAAGUCUGGUAUAAAUACUUACAAUUACUCCCGUCGAUUAUAUUGAUAUACCAGUGUUUCUGUCAGAAUGAAAUUUUUGACUAUGGCGCUAUGGAAUUGAAUACAGCCACAGUCAACAGGGGGUAUGGGGGCCUCCCCAAGAAACAAAAUGGGUCAAGUUUAGGGUUGGGGCUAAGAAAAUCAUACAGUAAAAUGAUACGAGUAAUUAAUUUGUCAAAAGGUUAACUUUAAAAAAAAAAAUCUACAAAAACAUUUGGGUAUAGCACCAUACCUGUUUUACCCUCUGGCAGAAACCCUGUAUCCUGAUAACAUAUAUCAGUUACAGACGCAGAUGUGAAAAUACACCAGACAUGGCGUCUUUACCACACUCGCCAGACCCAGAUCGUGAUUCGGUGUGUUUUGAGCCUCAACCCCAGCCGAUCCCAAAGUUUGAAUAUCAUCAUUAUACCGAUUCAUUGAUUGUUUAAUGCAUGCUAUUCAAACAUCUUUUUGUCCACAUCUGCGAGCUUUACUCAAAAUUAUUCCUAUGGAAUACAAAUCACCCGCCUGGACCUUAUGAGAAUGAAGAAAGGAAAAUGUUUUAUUUAACAACACACUCAACACUUUUUAUUUACGGUCAUAUGGUGUCUGGCCUUGUGAGAAGAGUGAUUUAUGAGGAGAGUGAUAUGUUCAAACCUGGACUGUUAAUAAAUUUGUUGUAGCCUAUAGGUUACUACAUGUAUAGUAUUGGUUACUAGGUCUGGAUUUGCAGUAACCAUGGGCCUAGUGCACUAAACUCUCGCAACUUUAUGAUAUCGCAGAGCAAUGCUAAAAGACUUGCAAAGAGGAUGCUUUGUUGUCUAGCAGAGCCUAAGAGACCUUGUGAAUUAGGCCCCUGGACAAUUGGCCAAAUUUACGAAGGCUGUUAGUCUUAAAACGUUGGUAGUUACACAUGUGUAAGACAUAAACAGGCUUUGUAAAUGUGGUCCAUUAUGUUUAUUUUGAUGCCCGAGUGUUAAACUUUAGCAUUUAAGUCUCUUUGUUAUCUUGUACUAGGCAUACGCCCAUUAUACAUCAUGAGGAACUAUAUGUCAUUAUUCCAGCUCGCGAAUCAUGGGUCAGAACUUUUAUCGGUUACAUAUGUCCAUAGGCGUACAGGCUACUAUUUUUUUGUGGGGGGUGGGAGGGGGGCAGGCUGGCUUUUGCCCAAAUUAAAUGAAAAUGCCCCAAUCUGCAUAAUAACAUUUAUUCAUACUAGCAUUACUGCCAAACAGCUAUAUAAUUUUGAGAGUAGAAUGAAGAAAAUUCAUGGUAAAAAGGUCUCAGAUUAACACAUUUUGCCCUACUGUCUCUAUUGUUUUUGUCUGAAUUUGAGGAUUUGCCCCAACACUAGGCCUUGUAUGCUAACACAUAUGUAUAUCUUGGUGUUUUUCCAUUAACCAUACAUGCACUUCGUUUGUGAUAACAUUUUCGUUUGCAUUGCAUGGUUUUCACUAUCUUCUCCUAAGGCAACUGCAUUAAUUAAAAAAUAAUAGGCCUACCAAGACAAUAUAGAAUGUUUCUAUUUAUGUUUUAUCAAAUUUCGUAUGGGGUUAAAAAUUCUCACCAACAUCAUUUUAAUUAAAUUUACAUCUCACAAUAUUUCAUCUCGUGGAAAUUAUAUGGGUCCUACUAAACCACCAAAUGCACUGAAAUUUAUUAACAGAAAAUUAUAAUGUUUAGUACGAUCUGAAAAUGUCAAUGUUUAGUACGAUCUGAAAAUCGGCAACCUCCCAUGUUUUUUGCAUUCUAGUUGAAAUUUCAAAACGAAUGAAUUUAUUACACCCAAGAAAUGCCACGUGACCUACUAAUCGGUUAGUCUGACUACAGGUUAUUUCAGGGGCUGUACUCAGUGCUGAACAAAACCACUGUGACAAUCAUCCAUCUUAAAACGACAUUCAUUAGACCUACUUCACAGUAUUUUACUCCAUGUUAAUUGUGGCAUUCAGGUGAUGGGUUUUUUCCCCCUUGGGUCUUGCUACUGACACUCUUGUCAAAGUUCAACCCGAUUCAGUGGUGUCGUAGUUAAGCCAUCGGACUACAGGCUGGUAGGUACAGGGUUCGCAGCCAGGUACCGGUUCCCACCCAGAGUGAGUUUUAACGGCUCAAUGGGUAGGUGUAAGACCACUACACCCUCAU